UUCUACCAACAACACAUAACUACUUCGUCACAAAACUCGUAUCUUCGAUUGCUGCACGAUGGACAUAUCUUCGUUAUCUCCAGAGGCAAUCCGCAUGCUCGUGUUCGGCUGUCAAUAUCUGGUGAUGUUCUUCGUUGCAACCAUGCUCGCCGCGCAAUGCUGCAAGAAGAAGAAGAAGGCUCCAGGUACAGAGAUGAAACCACCACCGGAAGAAGGAGCAUCGCUAAAAGGGCCACCAUCGGCAAAAUCAGCUGCAAAGCCGCCCGCGUGAGUUUUAUUUUUUAUAUUCAAAGCU